UUCCGUCCGCAUUAAAUCCCUCCGUCUCCCUCACACGGGGAGCAAUUGAACUGUCAUUUCUCCCACCCGCCGGCCGCCCCCGCUCUCUAUAGCUUUUGAAAUUCGAAUUCCUCUGGUUUUUUUCAAUAGGGAGAUCUGGAAUCGAAUGACGGGGGCGAGAUGUAAAUGGCGGCGGAUUCUGAGGCCGCUGGUUUCGAUUUCAUGGAGUUUCCUCCUCGCCUCGAUAUUCGUUUCGGCCGAGAGGAGUUUGAAGAGGGAAGAAGCUCCGAACCAUCGCGCCGCGCACUGUUCCGGCGCGGAUCGCCGGUCGUCGUUCGUCAAUUUCCUGUGGCAGUCAAAUAAAUCCGGUUUCGAGCACGUCUGGCCGGAAAUAAAAUUUGGAUGGAAUAUAGUUGUCGGCAGCGUAAUUGGUUUCUUGGGAGCAGCAUUUGGCAGUGUAGGUGGUGUAGGAGGGGGUGGCAUAUUUGUUCCCAUGCUUACUCUUAUUAUAGGAUUUGACCCAAAAUCAGCUACUGCAAUUUCAAAGUGUAUGAUCAUGGGAGCUGCAGUUUCCACAGUUUACUAUAAUCUUAAGCUCAAACACCCUACGAUUGAUAUGCCGAUUAUUGAUUAUGACUUGGCAUUGCUCAUUCAGCCUAUGUUAAUGCUUGGAAUUAGUAUUGGAGUCGCUUUCAAUGUGAUCUUUGCAGAUUGGAUGGUCACAGUUCUGCUUAUAACUCUAUUCACAGGCACUUCAACCAAGGCCUUCUUGAGAGGUGUUGAGACAUGGAAGAAAGAGACAAUUAUUAAAAAGGAGGCUGCCCAACUGCUAGCACCAGAUGGAAGUGGACAAGUAGAGUACAAGCUUCUUCCUGGUGGACCUAGCAAUGGCAGUCAAGACAGAUCCAAAGAAUCUUCUCGGAAAGAGGUCUCUAUAAUUGAGAAUGUUUAUUGGAAGGAAUUUGGACUCCUUUGUUUUGUUUGGGUUGCUUUUCUUGCUCUUCAAAUCACAAAGAAUUAUGCAACAACUUGUUCAACUCUAUACUGGGUGGUGAAUCUGUUGCAGAUCCCAGUUUCUGUAGGGGUAUCUAUGUAUGAAGGUAUAGGGCUAUACAAAGGGUGGAGACAGAUUUCAUCUAAGGGUUAUUCAGGCCCCUCCAACUUGAGAACAGGGCAAUUGAUUGCUUACUGCUGCCUUGGGAUGGUUGCUGGUGUUGUUGGGGGGCUGCUUGGCCUAGGUGGAGGGUUCAUUAUGGGUCCCCUAUUCUUGGAACUGGGUAUCCCUCCACAGGUUUCAAGUGCCACAGCCACUUUUGCCAUGAUGUUUUCCUCAUCGAUGUCUGUUGUAGAAUAUUACCUUCUCAAGCGUUUCCCGGUUCCUUAUGCUCUCUAUUUCACUGCGCUCGCAACUCUUGCUGCUGUGGUUGGGCAACACGUAAUCCGGAGGUUGAUUGCAGGGUUUGGAAGGGCAUCAUUGAUUGUAUUCAUUCUGGCCUCCACAAUUUUCGUGAGCGCAAUUUUGCUAGGCGGGGUUGGGGUCUCGAACAUGAUAGGGAAGAUUCAUCGCCACGAAUACAUGGGCUUUGAAAACCUCUGCAAGUAUGAUCCUUGAAAUGCAUCAUUUCUACACAUCAUUUUUUCUCUCUCAAAAGAAUAUGAGAGAAUUAGUUGUGAUUCAAGAACAAGUCCAGAUGAACGACGAUAUGUGGCUUGAUUUGUUGGGUUUGUGGAGGCUGGAUAUGUUUGGAUCCGAUUAGGAUUGGCGCAGUUUAUUUUUAGCCCGUUUGUUUCUUGUUUCUUGGGGAACAAGUUUCGUAGCCUUAGGUUUCUUCCUAUAUAUACGCAUCUUGUACUUGUAAUUCCUGAGACACAACAAGUGAAUAAAAUUCUCUUGUUGCAGCCAUGGAUUAGAGAAUCCGAAUCACGUUAAAUUCUUGUGUGUCGUUUGUGUUCCGUUCUCUCUUGAUUCUCACAGAUAUUUGUGCGGGUUGUGUGUAAUUUCCAACAUGAUUCAGAAUUAGUUGCACCAUAGUAGCUGUUAGGUUCUCAAUAGAACCAUAGUGUUUGAUUGGCCUCCAUUGGAAUGCCCACUUUGUGGCUGCUGUGAUAUGAUUUU